AUGACGGUUCAGUCGCGCCGCCAGCGCAGCACUCCCUUUCUCCAGAGGAAUAUCUUGCAAGCUAUGGGGAACUCCCAGUCCACGGCUCAAAAGGCCGCCGCUCCCGGGGAUCUCCAGAACGACAACGACGACAGGCGCGCCACUAAACGCCCACGCCUCCACUCCCACAAGAAUCCUCCUCAUACUCUGGUUGAUCAGCUUUUCCAUGCCCACGAGGUCAGCGAAGUACAGCACAACCUCUCCGUUUCAGUCACCAAACUCUUCCACAAGGACUCAAAACGCAUCAGUGCUGCCGCCUGCGAUGAUUAUAUCAGGAUCGAUGCUAGGUGCAAGAUCAUACUCACGCAUGGCAACCAUCAGAUCCAAUUAUACUGCAACAGCCAACUAUGCGAGAUCAAGUCUUUCAAGGACCCGGGUGGGCCUCUACGUAUAGCACGCGUAUGCUUGAAGGAGCCUUUCUACAUCCCCAAGCAUUGCAUGCGCGUCAAUCACGAGGACGACUAUUCUUUCGAUUUGGCCAACGAUUACCGCCUCGUCGUAGAGUUGGAGGCGGCUGGUCCCACGCAUUGGCCCCCAAUCGUCUUGAAUCCUUCAACCGAGGAAUUGGGAAGUUCCCGCAAGGUCGAUCCCCAUCGCUGGGUCCUCCAGGCUGCCAUGUUCAACUUGUUCUCGAAAGAGCCGGCUGUCCUGAACUUGAAAGUUAAGAAGAGUCCUACCACACUCGCAGCAACAGAUCACUGUCUCGAGGUGGAUGUCCGAUGGACCACGGCUUUCGAGGCGAGAGCCAUCCGUGAAUUGGAAGAUGGUGUCAAGCCCUCUAUUACGGUUCUACCAGAGGUGAACGGCAACGAAUCCUCCGUGAACCCCCCUCAAUUCGACAGUCCGCCCGGAACUCCUUCCAAGGAUCCGAAAUCCAACUUCACAACUCCUGUGAAGGCAUCCAAGAACGGUCUGGUCAAUGGAGAGGCUCCGGACGACGAUGAUUCGCUCGAGAAACUCACUCCCAACCGAUCACUCAGAACUCGCGGUCCUACCAAAAACUAUAAUGUGAAGGACAUGAGUGACAAGGCCCUAGGCAGGGAGGGAAAGCGGAAGAAACGGAGAAAUACCCACGUCAUGGAAGACAAGAGCGUCACCUACAAAUUGCCCGCCGAGAAAGUCAGCUUGGAUUCCUACCGCUGCGUCACCUGUGGUCUUCUCAACGGAAGUCUUUUGCAACUUAAAGGACACUUCAUCACCCAGCACGCCGAAUACGAUUAUGCAGUACAAACAAACAGUAGAGGCGGUGUCGUUAUCAGCGUCACCCACCGAUAUGAGUCGUACACAUUUGGCGCAGGGUCAGGCUUUUCUGUGUCGCGGCCGACUAAAAUCUUCAAGCUGGAUGAGUUUGCCGACGGAAACACCUCACAACUAGACUCCCGAUUUGGGCCUGAAGACGAAAGCAUCACCGAGAUCCAGCCUAGAGAUCGGCAACAAGCAGCCAGGCUUCCUCCCCCUCAGACACGUUCCAAGCUCCUUAUCCCGGACAUUAAGCAAAAGCUGUAUGAUCCGAUCAGCCGGGCUAUUAUUGAGCCAGGCACCGAGUACAAGGCCCCACAGCCGAACGACGAAUGGCUCAUUCAAUGGCAUCGGGACGCAUUGGCGGACUUCUCAGACGUUCCGCCAGAGGAGAGAGAAUACAUGCAACAGUGGGACAGAUUCAUGCUCACGAAGCGUAUUUCCUCCAACAUUUACUUCCCCCGCGCUUGGCUCAACUUUGUGAAGCUCAACGCGAACUGGCUGCUUUCAAAGCUGUCUCGUAACGUCGAGUUCGGAAAGCACUUGACGUAUCUCCUGGCCAGAAAUAGCCUCGACCACGCUACCGUGCAGGAGGGCUUGGACCAUCUCAACUCUUGCAGGGAGAAGCUCAAGCUUCAGAACGGCAACAACUCGCUACCGGCGCCGGAAGACUCUCCUCGAGGACCUCACGUCCGCAAGAGCGCCUCCGGUUGCCAGGUCUGCGGGUUGACCGUGUUGGGCCCUAGGCUGCUGCUGUGUUCCAGAGUGGAAUGCACAAAGCGCCUUUACCACUCGGACUGCAUCAGCGAGAAGGCAAUCAGGAGCGUCGAGGAUCCCGACUGGCUCUGCAACGAGUGCAUCCCUCAGCAUGAAAAGCCGGCUUAG